CGCCGCUCGCUCGCCGCCCGCUGCUGCCGCCGGGCCCGAUGGCGAGCACGUCGGCGGAGAUCGUCGCCUUCCUGCUGACCAUCUCCGGCUGGGUGCUGGUGUCCUCCACGCUGCCCACCGACUACUGGAAGGUGUCUUCCAUAGACGGCACGGUCAUCACCACCGCCACCUUUUGGGCCAACCUCUGGAAGACCUGCGUGACCGACUCCACCGGCGUUUCCAACUGCAAGGAUUUCCCGUCCAUGCUGGCUCUCGACGGUUACAUCCAAGCCUGCAGAGGACUGAUGAUCUCCGCUGUCUGUCUGGGUUUCUUUGGUUCCAUUUUUGGACUGGUUGGGAUGAAGUGCACAAAAAUCGGCGGCUCUGAUAAAAAUAAAGCAAGAAUAGCUUGUUUAGCUGGACUGAUUUUCAUACUGUGUGGGCUGUGCUCCAUGACUGGUUGUUCCCUGUAUGCACACAGGAUUACGUCUGAGUUCUUUGAUCCUUCUUUUGUUGCACAAAAGUAUGAAUUAGGAGCAGCUUUAUUCAUUGGAUGGGCUGGAGCUUCACUCUGCAUCAUUGGUGGCAGUAUAUUCUGCUUCUCAAUAGCUGAGAACAGUAAAUCUCCAAGGAGAGCAUAUGCAUAUAAUGGAGCUGCAUCUGUGAUGUCAUCUCGUACAAAGAUUCACAACAGUGUCCCAGACCAAACCUCACCAAAGCACUUUGACAAGAACGCUUAUGUUUAAGUGUACUUUUCUAAGAUCCAAAGCCAGUUUUAAAAAUGAGUUUGUAUGUUUCAUUCAGGGUGAUUUUCCCCCCCACCUCCCCAAAACACGAUGGAAUUACCACUAAGACAAUGAAUUUGUAAGGUAUUAUCUCGCAGCUUUUUCCACGUUGAUGUAAAUUUUAUUGUAUUUUAAGAUUGAUGUUUGUAUUAUAAAGUUUAUACCUGCAAAUCAUGCAUUGAUGCUGCUUUCUAAAAAAAAAAUAAUAAAGAGGGUAUUUACAGAUGUAGUCUGUCGGUUGCUUUGGGAAUAGCAUUGCAUGCACUGUGUUUGCUGUGUGCAUCACUGCAGCUGAUUCUCAGAUGGGUUCAGCGCAGGACAAAACGGUCAUAUUCUGUGCAGGUUAAUAUUAAAAUGUCUCACCACUGAUCAGCAGUGACGUUGGAAUUGCAGAGGACAUUGUAACUCCGUUGCCAGGCAAUGGCAGUCAAUGGGAAUAUGCUGGCUCUUAUCUCCUUACAAUAUUGCCAGGAGUGUGAGAAAGUAAAAGUCACUUCAGUGCCACAGGAAUAAGAGCAAAAGCCUGGGUAAGGUGGAAAUAAGUAUGUAAUCUGGGGAGCUGGGAGCAGCACAGUCUAAUCAGGUACUAAGGAGAGUCAGGGCAUGAUGUUACGGAAACAGUUACUGGAAAGGGACUCACAGAGCACGAGAUGAAUGCACACGUGAUGGUGACCACAAGUGCAUGGUGGGGAGAGAAAUGGAGAGAAGCUGCAGCCUUUGGGACAUUCUGUGGCAGGCAAGACAAGCCUCAGAGCCUCCUACACACUGAGCUUAUUCCAACCCUCUGGAUUCCUGUCGCACGCAGCACUCAUCCAGCUGGUGGCAUGUCACUUACAGUCCCCUCUUCUAAAAUCAGAAUCACAGAAUAUCCUGAGCUGGAAGAGACCACAAGGAUCACUGAUUCCAGCUUCAGGCUUCACACAGGUCCGCCUAAAAUCCAAACCCUGUAUCUGAGAAUGGCAUCCAAAUUCUUCCAUGAACCCCAGCACUUGGGGCUGUGCCCACUGCCCUGUGCAGCCCAUUC